AUGUUAACUAUCAUGUUAUCUCUUUUCUCACCCUUUUCCCGCAUACACAUUUCCAACGAUGUUCUCCUCACCCCAGUUUUCCUUCAUGGCUUAUCCGCCUUCCUCCACCUACUAUUGCUCGUCGCGGUUUCACUGUCAUGGGUUUGGAACAAAUUAACAACACGAGUCAGCGAUGGGUCUAAGGAGAAACACGACAACACCCUCUUCAAAACGACCGUGUUUUGUUCUCUGGCUGCUUCUGUUUUCAGUUUUCUCCUCUGUUUGUUCAAUUACUUCUAUUGGUACUCUAGUGGCUGGUCAGAGGAAAAGCUCGUGACCCUUUUAGAUUUGGCGCUCAAAACAGUUGCGUGGGGCGUCAUUUGUGUUUGCUUACACAAGGGGUCCUUCAGUUCUGGCGAAAGAAGGUUUUCAUUCCUCUUCCAAGCUUGGUGCGUCUUCUACCUCAUUGCCUCUUGCUAUGGCUUCGUGGUUGACAUAGUUGUCAUAUCGGAGAGACGCGUUGCUUUGCCGACUCAGUACUUGGUUUCUGAUGUGGUUUCCACUUGUGUUGGUUUGAUAUUCUGUUACGUGGGGUAUUUUGUGAAAAACAAAGGCCAUGUUCGAGAAAAAGAAAAUAAUGGUAUUCAGGAACCUCUUUUGAAUGGCUCCACAAAUGAUGGGGAUGCCUUGAUAUCGGAAGAGACCAAGGGUGGGGACACUGUUACCCCGUUCGCAUAUGCUGGCAUUUUGAGCCUUCUUACAUUCUCUUGGGUGGGUCCUCUUAUCGCUGUUGGCAAUAAGAAGACGCUAGACCUUGAGGAUGUUCCACAACUAGAAAGCGCAGACAGUGUAGUUGGUGCUUUUCCAAGUUUCAGAGGUAAACUUGAGGCUGAUAGUGGCACAAUAAAUAGUGUCACCACACUUAAGUUGGUGAAGUCGUUACUGAUGUCAGCGUGGAAGGAGAUUCUUUUCACGGCUUUUCUUGCAUUGUUAAACACUUUGGCUUCUUAUGUUGGUCCUUACCUUAUUGACGGUUUUGUUCAGUACCUUGAUGGACAAAGGCUGUAUGAAAACCAGGGCUAUGUUUUGGUUUCUGCGUUUUUCUUUGCAAAGCUUGUAGAGUGUCUGACCCAAAGGCAUUGGUUCUUUAGGUUGCAGCAAGUUGGACUUCGAAUUCGUGCACUGCUUGUCACGAUGAUCUAUAACAAGGCUCUGACCCUAUCUUGUCAGUCAAAGCAGGGUCACACAUCUGGAGAAAUAAUUAAUUUCAUGACUGUUGACGCUGAAAGAGUUGGUGUGUUCAGUUGGUAUAUGCAUGAUUUGUGGAUGGUGGCUUUGCAAGUUACAUUGGCCUUAUUGAUUCUGUAUAAAAACCUUGGACUCGCUUCAAUUGCUGCUUUUGUUGCAACUAUUGUUGUUAUGCUGGCAAAUGUUCCCUUGGGUUCAUUGCAAGAGAAAUAUCAAAAGAAGUUGAUGGAGUCGAAAGAUACAAGAAUGAAGACCACAUCUGAGAUUUUAAGGAAUAUGAAGAUUCUCAAACUGCAAGGAUGGGAAAUGAAGUUUCUGUCAAAAAUAACUGAGCUCAGGAAAACUGAGCAAGCCUGGUUAAAAAAAUUUGUCUAUACUGCAGCCAUGACCACGUUUGUGUUUUGGGGUGCCCCCACAUUUGUAUCUGUGGUUACUUUUGGUACUUGUAUGCUUGUAGGGAUCCCCCUUGAAACAGGGAAGAUUCUGUCUGCACUUGCAACAUUCCGAAUUCUUCAGGAGCCGAUUUAUAGUCUUCCAGAUACAAUUUCAAUGAUAGCACAAACUAAAGUGUCUCUUGAUAGGAUUGCAUCAUUCCUUCGUCUGGAUGACUUACCCUCUGAUGUUGUAGAGAAGCUUCCCCGCGGUAGUUCUGAUACAGCAAUUGAAGUUGUUGAUGGAAACUUUUCCUGGGAAUUAUCUUCCCCUAACCCAACAUUGCAAAACAUAAAUCUUAAAGUUUUUCAUGGGAUGAGGGUUGCAGUUUGUGGUACUGUUGGAUCAGGCAAAUCUACUUUACUUUCUUGUGUAUUGGGAGAAGUACCUAAGAUAUCAGGCCUCCUUAAGCUUUGUGGAACGAAGGCCUAUGUUACUCAAUCUCCAUGGAUACAGAGUGGUAAGAUAGAGGAGAAUAUAUUGUUUGGAAAACAAAUGGAUAGGGAAAAGUAUGAGAAGGUACUUGAGGCCUGUUCCCUGAAGAAAGAUCUUGAGAUUCUGUCGUUUGGUGAUCAGACAAUUAUAGGAGAGCGUGGAAUAAAUUUGAGUGGUGGACAAAAACAAAGAAUACAGAUUGCACGUGCACUUUACCAAGAUGCUGAUAUAUAUCUAUUUGAUGAUCCUUUUAGUGCUGUGGAUGCUCACACAGGCUCUCACCUUUUUAAGGAAUGUUUGCUGGGCCUUUUAAGUUCAAAGACAGUAGUUUAUGUCACUCAUCAAGUAGAGUUCUUACCUGCUGCUGAUCUUAUAUUGGUCAUGAAAGAUGGGAAAAUUACUCAAAGUGGAAAGUAUGCUGAUCUGCUUGAGAGUGGAGCUGAUUUUAUGGAACUUGUUGGCGCACACAAAAAAGCUUUGUCGACACUGGAUUCAUUAGAUGGAUCAACAAUGUCUAAUGAAAUAAGCACCUUAGAACAUGAUGUAAAUGUCUCUGGCCCGCAAGGUUUUAAAGAGGAGGAGGCAAUUGAAGAUGAACAAAAUGGUAAAACAGACAACAAAAGUGAACGCAACGGCCAACUUGUUCAGGAAGAAGAAAGGGAGAAAGGUAGAGUUGGGUUUUCAGUGUAUUGGAAAUGUAUCACAACAGCAUAUGGAGGAGCUCUUGUACCAUUCAUAUUGUUGGCUCAGAUUCUUUUUCAAGCUCUUCAAAUCGGAAGUAAUUAUUGGAUGGCUUGGGCGACUCCUAUCUCAACUGAUGUGGAACCACCUGUUAAUGGAACAACUCUUAUUGUAGUUUAUGUUAGUUUGGCCAUUGGAAGUUCUUUAUGCAUCCUUGCCAGAGCAAUGCUUCUUGUCACAGCUGGUUACAAGACAGCUACUAUACUCUUCAAUAAAAUGCACUUUUGUAUUUUUCGUGCUCCAAUGUCAUUUUUCGAUUCCACUCCAAGUGGGCGAAUCCUAAAUAGAGCUUCAACAGAUCAAAGUGCUUUGGAUACAGACAUUCCUUAUCAAAUUGCAUCAUUUGCCUUCAUUAUGAUCCAACUUUUUGCAAUUAUAGCAGUGAUGUCUCAGGCUGCAUGGCAAGUUUUUGUUGUCUUCAUACCUGUGAUCAUAGUCAGCAUCUGGUAUCAGCAAUAUUAUAUUCCAUCAGCCCGAGAACUAUCUCGUUUAGUUGGAGUGUGCAAAGCCCCAAUCAUUCAACACUUCUCUGAAACAAUUUCUGGUGCUUCAACCAUUAGAAGCUUUGAUCAGCAAUCAAGAUUUCAGGAAACAAAUAUGAAACUGACUGAUGGGUAUUCUCGGCCAAAGUUCAAUAUUGCUGGUGCCAUGGAAUGGUUGUGCUUCCGCUUAGAUAUGUUGUCUUCUAUCACAUUUGCCUUUUCCUUAAUAUUCUUAAUAUCUAUUCCACCGGGUUUCAUAGAUCCAGGCCUUGCUGGUUUAGCGGUUACAUAUGGACUAAAUUUGAACAUGAUACAAGCUUGGAUGAUAUGGAAUCUCUGCAAUAUGGAGAACAAAAUUAUAUCAGUAGAAAGAAUACUUCAGUAUACUUGUAUUCCCAGUGAACCUCCUCUUGUUGUAGAUGAAAAUCGGCCAGAUCCUUCUUGGCCCUCUAUUGGGGAGGUUGAUAUACAAGAUUUGCAGGUUCGUUAUGCUCCACAUCUUCCACUUGUGUUGUGUGGUCUUACCUGCAAAUUUCAUGGAGGACUGAAAACUGGCAUUGUUGGGAGAACAGGAAGUGGUAAAUCCACUCUCAUACAAACGCUUUUCCGAAUUAUUGAGCCUGCUGUUGGGAAAGUUAUGAUUGACAACAUCAACAUCUCUUCAAUUGGACUUCAUGAUUUGAGGUCUAGACUUAGCAUUAUUCCUCAGGAUCCAACAAUGUUUGAAGGCACAAUAAGAAAUAAUCUGGACCCCCUUGAAGAAUACACUGACGAACAAAUUUGGGAGGCCUUGGAUAAGUGUCAACUUGGAGACGAAGUUAGAAAGAAAGAAGGAAAGCUUGACUCCAAAGUUAGUGAGAAUGGUGAGAAUUGGAGUAUGGGUCAGAGACAGUUGGUCUGCCUUGGCAGGGUGCUGCUUAAGAAAAGCAAGGUAUUGGUUCUUGACGAAGCCACUGCAUCAGUGGAUACAGCUACGGAUAAUUUGAUUCAGCAAACUCUUAGGCAACAUUUCACUGACUCUACAGUUAUUACAAUUGCACAUCGAAUAACUUCUGUUCUUGACAGUGAUAUGGUUCUGCUUCUUAGUCAAGGACUUAUUGAGGAGUAUGACUCCCCAAAAAGGUUGCUAGAGAACAAGUCAUCAUCUUUUGCUCAACUUGUUGCUGAGUAUACCGUGAGGUCCAACUCCAGUUUUGGGAUAUCUGAUGGUCACUAA